AUGUCUGAAGGCGUGGGAAUGAGCUCUUGCUGUCUCUCAGGCAAAGUCAAGUCCGGCACGCCUCAGGGCACUGAAACCGACAUCGCCGGCCUGAACACCUACAUCGCGGAGCCCAAGGACGGCUCCAAGGCCAAAACCGUCAUCUUCCUCGUCGACAUCUUCGGCUGGGAAUUUCCCAACAUCCGCCUCCUCGCCGACCAAUACGCCGCCAACGGCUUCUACUGCUACGUACCCGACCUGCACCAGUCCGACUCCCUCCCCAUCGAGUUCCUCCAAACCGUCGAGCCGCCGCUCCCGGUGCGCGACUCGAUGAGCAUGACCGAGAAAGCCGCCUCGAGCGCCAAGAUGAUGGCGACGCUCGGCCCCUGGCUCAUCAAGCACCGCGAAGCCGUCUCCAAGCCGCUCAUCGACGGCUUCAUCAACACCGUGCGCAUGAUUCCGGGCACGAACAAGGUCGGCGUUAUCGGAUUCUGCUGGGGCGGACGGUACGCGAUACUAGCGGCCCACGGCUCCGAUGAGCCAGGCAAGGGCGUCGAUGCGGCUGUGGCGUUCCAUCCGUCGCUCGUCGCUAUCCCGGGAGACUUUGAUCCGGUGAAGAAGCCUUUGAGCUUGGGGCUGGGCACGAAAGAUAGCUUGCUGGGCGAGAAGGAGGUCGGGCAGAUUCAGGACCUUAUGGGGAAGAAGACGGAUGUGGAGCAUGAGGUCAGGCUGUAUGAGGAUCAGGUUCAUGGGUUUGCGCUUAGGGGUGAUUGGAGCAGUGAGAAGGAUAAGAAGGCUAUGGAUGAUGCGGAGAAGCAGGGCAUGGAUUGGUUCAAUAAGCAUUUGUCGUAA